AUGUCGGCACCUCAGGAUUCUAUUCCCGGCAACGGAAGCGACAUCCUCGAUCAGAUGGAUCAGCUUAGAAUGGAUGACCGCCUUGGCCCUGAUGGCGAACCCGCCCCUAAGACGGACGAGGAGUAUGCCCAGGCCCAGCUCACCCUUCGUGCGAUUGUCUCUUCCAAGGAAGCCGGUGUCAUUAUUGGCAAGGGCGGCAAGAACGUUGCCGAUCUUAGAGACGAGACUGGCGUCAAGGCCGGCGUCAGCAAAGUUGUGCAGGGUGUUCAUGACCGUGUUCUGACCAUCACCGGCGGUUGCGACGCUAUUUCUCGAGCCUACGCGAUUGUCGCUCGCGCUCUGCUCGAAGGUGCCCCCGCUAUGGGCAUGGGAGGUGUAGUUCAAAGCAACGGUACCCAUCCAAUUAAGCUCCUCAUCUCACACAACCAGAUGGGAACCAUCAUUGGAAGACAAGGUCUUAAGAUCAAGCACAUCCAGGAUGCUUCUGGAGUCCGUAUGGUUGCCCAGAAGGAGAUGCUCCCUCAAUCCACUGAGAGAAUAGUCGAAGUUCAGGGUACUCCCGAGGGUAUUCAGCGCGCUAUCUGGGAAAUUUGCAAGUGCUUGGUUGACGAUUGGCAACGAGGCACUGGCACCGUCCUCUACAACCCUGUUGUCCGUACUCAGCCAUCCGGCAGCGGAAACGCCAGCGGUGGUGCAGGAUUCAGCCAAGGGUCCGGUAGAAGCGAUUAUGGUGGUAGCCCUCGUGUCAUGCGAACAGGCAACGGCGCCGAUUUCAGCAACGGUAACUCAAGGCCGUACAACCGCCGGUCCGACUCUGACGCAGCCCUUCGAGGCCCGCCAACACAUGAUGAGAAUGGUGAGGAGAUCCAGACUCAAAACAUUAGCAUCCCCGCGGACAUGGUUGGCUGCAUCAUUGGUCGUGCUGGUAGCAAGAUUAGCGAGAUCCGAAAGACAUCUGGCGCCCGUAUCUCUAUUGCCAAGGCACCUCACGACGAGACUGGUGAGCGCAUGUUUACCAUCAUGGGCACCGCCAAGGCCAACGAAUCGGCGCUAUUCCUUCUGUACGAGAAUUUGGAGGCGGAGAAGAUGCGCCGAAGUCAGCUCCAGGAGCCCGAGUAG